AUGAUAUUGUGCUCACUUGAUCAUGCCUUCCAAGGCCCCCCGCAGGCUCUGAGUGUGACUGAUGGGCCCAAAAUCUGCCUCACUCCGGAAUACCCACGAAAUAUUUCUGGGAUACACUGCCAUGGCAACAUCCACGUGCUCGAGAUCACCUCUACGGAAACCUCUUCAAGUGAAGCCUUUGACAACAACACCUCUUUGACACUGUCAGAGCUCUCGCAAGCUCUAGCCAUCCAGGACUCCACCUCCGUAGCAUUGAUCGAAAGCAUUGAAUUCCAAAUGGGAGACUGGCUGCAUCAAAACGGGGACGAUGAUGACGACGUUUAUCUAUAUGUUCACGAGCGACUUCAAAAUGAUGAUGCGUUUGAGAGGUGGCAUCGCCGAACGCUUCAGAAGUCUCUCCAGUCUCUACCCAAUACACUGGAGGAGGCCUACGAUCGAGUUGUAGAUGGCAUCGAUGAAAACUACUUUGAUUUUGCUAUCAAGCUUCUACAGUUUCUUACUUACUCAGUAAAGCCGCUGAGACUUGAAGAAGCGGUGGAUGUUCUGAUGGUUGAUCCGACUCUAGACCCUCCUUUUGACUCCAGAUUAAGGAUGCCAAAUCCUCGGGAAAUAACGGGAAUCUGUCUAAGUCUUGUCUCUCUCGUAGAGUGGGAGCGAAAUAGAGAGACGAUUCUGAAGCUUCAACUGGCACACUCUUCGGUUCAGCAAUAUCUCAGUUCCAAACGACUCGGAGAAGAAACUUUCCCAGAAAGCACGAGUGACAAAGUCGCGAAACUCAGAGACGAACUCAGUGAAACCAGAGCAAGGGGAUCAAUUACAAAGAUCUGUCUAGCAUACUUGUCGCAUAUAGCCGAGGAGUGGGACCUGGGGACUCAGCAGAAGACAAUUCCCGCUGGCGCACUAUUCGGCGAAAUAUUGGAUGGGCCAUGCAAAGAUUGCUGA